AUGGGUUGGACUCCUUCAAAAUUAUAUCAUGGAUUUCGAAAACCUAGUGCUCGUCUGGUAUCUUCUGAAAUAAUAACUACAGAGAAUAUAACACCUGAUUCUGAAUAUUCUCAUAUGCUUAUGCAGUGGGGUCAAUUUUUAGAUCAUGAUUUGGAUUUUUCUCUUCCUGCUGUUAGUCAUGCAAGUUUUGUAGAUGGUGUAGAUUGCAGUGUAUCUUGUGAAUAUUCUCCUCCCUGUUUUCCUAUUGAAGUUCCACCCGGAGACAAAAGAAUUCGGAAUCAUCAGUGUAUGGAAUUUGUUCGAUCAAGUACACUCUGUGGAUCAGGUUUAACAUCUUUAUUUGUUCCCGAAAUAAUGCCUAGAGAACAAGUCAAUCAACUCACUUCAUUUAUUGAUGCUUCUAAUGUAUAUGGUAGUACAGAAAAAUUAGCUCUUCACCUCAGAGAUCGUACCAAUGAACUUGGACUACUAAGAACUGGACUUGUCAUGCACUCUGGAAAACAUCUUUUACCAUUUAAUGAUGGCCAACCUGUUGACUGCAAGCGAGAUCAUCAAGAAAGCAGUAUGGACUGUUUUCUUGCUGGAGAUCAAAGAGCAAAUGAACAAUUAGGUUUAUUAGCAAUGCAUACUUUAUGGAUGAGAGAACAUAACAGAAUUGCUACUGAUUUGCAUUCCAUUAAUUCUCACUGGAAUGGUGAUAAAUUGUAUCAUGAAGCAAGAAAAAUUGUGGGUGCUGAAAUGCAACAUUUUACCUAUACUCACUGGUUACCAAAAAUUCUUGGGGAGAAAGGAAUGAAGAUGCUGGGUUCUUAUCAAGGAUAUAAUCCAAAUGUGAAUCCUUCUAUAGCUAAUGUUUUUGCUACUGCUGCAUUGAGAUUUGGUCAUACACUUAUUAAUCCUAUACUUUUGAGAUUGAAUGCAUCUUUUCAGCCCAUACCAGAAGGAAAUCUUCCUCUCAGAAAGGCUUUCUUCUCUCCAUUCAGACUUGUCGAAGAAGGAGGCAUAGAUCCAUUACUGAGAGGUCUGUUUUAUGCAGCUACCAAAUUAAGACAGUCUGAUCAAAUUCUUAAUUCUGAACUGACAGAACAUUUAUUUGCACCAGCUCAUCUUGUUGCUCAAGAUUUGGCAUCUCUAAACAUCCAAAGAGGAAGAGAUCAUGCCCUUCCCAGUUACAAUGAAUGGAGAAAAUUUUGUAAUUUAAGUGUAGCCGAAAGUUUUCAUGAUUUGCGACACGAGAUUCAUAAUUUUGAAUUAAGAGAGAAACUCAGGGAACUUUAUGGACAUCCUGGAAAUAUCGACUUAUGGGUCGGUGGAGUGAGUGAGGAUCCCGUUGACGGUGCUAAGUUUGGCCCAACGUUUCGCUGUCUGAUAGUCGACCAAUUCAAAAGACUAAGAGAAGGCGACAGAUUCUGGUACGAGAAUCCGGGGAUAUUUACGACAGAACAAUUGGUCCAAAUUAAACAGAGUUCGUUAGGAAGAGUAAUGUGCGAUAAUGGAGAUAACAUUACGCAGGUUACACAAGACGUUUUUAUCAUUCCUCAGCGCCAAAGUCCUGAAACUGUAGCAUGCUCUGCACUUCCAAAAAUUAACUUAAAUAUUUGGAAAGAAUGUUGUAAUGAAUGUGGAAAUACACCAGUACUUAAUACAAUUGCACACCUUCAGUAUCGCACCAAACGCUUUGCAGAAUUCAGUUAUCCAAAAGAUAAUAAAGAUUUAUAGCAUAUGGUUAUAAGCUGCAAUGGAAGGCAUAUUUAAGAGAGCAUUACGUAGUGUUAUUUGUUAAAGCAUUGUUAAUUGAUGCCGACAAAAUAUGUAGACUUGAAACUGGAACUGAUUUUUUUGUGUCGCUUAUGUAUAAUUUUUACCAAAUAAAAAAAUAACAUAAUUUUUGUAUUUGCAUGUUUAAUAAAAUAUUUGUAUAAAUAAUUGAAAUGUCAUGCUAACCUUCAUAUUUCUAGCAGUUUUGUUUUCAUUUUGAAGUAAGAUCAGAAGCAAGAACUGACAAUAGUUGCAAAAUAAAUGUCAGCUAUCCUAGGGAAGAUGAGAUAAAAAUCCAUUCCUUUAUUCCUUUCAGUUUUCAAGGAUACGAUAAAAUAUGCAUGCAUCCUUCAAACUAAUUAGGCAAUGAACAUUUAACAACAUAAACUAGAUAUGUUUUCCUCCCAUUUAAAAAAUAAGACAAUUAAAAUGUUAUGUUUUUAUGAUAUGUAUCAUUAUAAGCCAUCAUAAUAAAUACAUUUAAAAAUUAAAAUGAGUGGUAAACAUGUCAAUGUCUUUUCUAUUAUUCAUACAAGUAUUUCAUUAAAUAUGCAAAUACAAAAAUGAUUUUAUUUUAUUAUUAGGUAAACAUUACAUAAAUAAUAAAAGAAAAAAAUUGUGAAUUUGAAACUAGAACUAUAGCUUGUUGGCACCUUUUAAAAACCACGAUGCUACGCAUUGCUCGAAUAUGCGUUCCAUCACAGCUUAUAACUAUAUGCUAAAAAUCUGAAAAUACAAACAUCAAAAUCUAAUAUUUGCAAAGCACAUUGGACAAAAAGCUCACAUAUAUAUCCACUCACUUUUGAUGUGGUUUCACCAUAUCCAAGCUGAUCAAAAUUGAUGGUAGCCAGUCGUGUCCUUUCCUCCUUAGACAUGAUAAUUUAUAUCAAGGGUUACUGGAAGGAAACUAAGUACUACCAACUUUUACAAUUCUGGCAAAAUAAACUUUAACAAACUAAUGAUUUCGGCAUUGUUAAACAGUCAUCAUCAGGUUAAUAGAACACUCAAAUAACAAUUUUAAAUGUGACGGACAUAACUCUGAUUGACUUACAUGUAUCAUUGCAUACACAUGCACAGAAUUAUGUCUUUAAAGAUGCUAAUGCAUAACCAAUCACAGUUAUGUUCCAUCGUGUUUAAAAUUAUUAUUGAAGUGUUUUAUUAAGUUGAUAGGGACUGUUUAAUUUUAACACAACCAAAAGCAUUAGUUGGUUAAUUUAUUUUGCUGAAAGAGAAAAGGUGUUGAGAUUGGUAGUAUCUAAUAAUCUAUUAUUUUCAUCAUGUAAAUAAAUCAUUAAAAGUACAGUAUGCCUCUUCUUAACGCUGAUCCGAUAUAACGCGAUCUGCUGGAAGCCUUAAAAAAAAGCUCAAAAUUUACACCGAUUCAAAUUAUCGCGGCAUUUCAUUGAUUCGAUUAUUCCCAAACACAAACUAAUCAGUAAAAGGUGGUAAUUCGUCGUAGCGCUAUACUUCCCUUAAAUCGAUGUUUGUUUGGUGCAAUUUUGGAAAAAAUAUAACAUCACGAAUGCCAUAGGCAACAUCGAUUUCGCUUGUCAAGAAUUAACUGAUAACUGCACGAACGAAGUGCGGAAGAAGCGUGGCUGAUUUUAUCCAAGAAUUCUCGACAAGAGCAUAUCGCUGUAUCGUUAGGUUGAUCAAAUUGUCAACCUAAUCGAUACAGCCGGACUAGGAGAUGUGGACGAGCGGGAUAUUGAGCAGUUACUGUAGGUUUGUGGUGAGAACCUUACCAACGACCACCUUGGAGAACUAGCAGAACAAGGAAUUCGUGUAGAACUGGAAAAUAGUGAUUCCG